AUGAGGUCCAAGGACCACCCAUUUGAGCAUGUGCUGGUGGAGUUGAGUGGCGUGGGCGAGCCAGAGUCCGUGCGCCGGAAUUGGGCGCUCGCCUUAGACUGCCAGCUCCCCGUGGCGAUGCGCUCGGAGGUGGCUCGGGUGGUGACGGUGGUUGAUGCGAGCACAUUUCCGUGUGAUUGGCUGGAUUCUCGACAGGCCCUGGAGCGGAACCGCCUCCCUUCGGAAGAGCCGCAUGAGCCUUCCAAGCAGAGACAAACUACAGAGGGCGUGGGUCAGCUUCUCGCAGAACAGGUGGAGUUGGCAGACGUCGUCGUGGUGAACAAGAUCGACCUGGCCAGUGAGGAUGAGCUGAACACGACCCUGCAGGUGGUGGAAGCGCUGAACCCCAAAGCAGGUGUUUGCCAGACUAAAUUCGGCCAAGUUGCUGUCGCCGCUGUGCUUCCGCCCGUGCCUGACGGACUUCGCGUGCAGCUCCAAGGCGGUGGCGAUGGAUACUCAUGGACGCAGACUGCAUCUGAAAUCCACAUCCGCAUGCCUAUUCCACAGCAUGCCCGUGGAAAGGAUAUUGACUGGGCCCUGGGCAAGCGCAUGGUCAAGCUCGGCUUGAAAUCCGCUCCUCCGGUUGCCGCCGGUCAGCUUGCAGGACUGGUGAAGAACGUCAGCGAGACGGUCUUCGAGAUUGAGGGGCAGGGUACAGAGCGCGCUGUACUUCUCUGCCUGGAGAAGAAGCUGCCUGGCAUGUGGGCCGGGCUCUGGAAAGACAAGCUGCCGGCCUGCGGCCACCCGACAUGCAACGCGAACUGCGCGCAAACUGAGCCGACGACUGGUUUGACAAAGGCUCAGGACCUUGCGCGAGAGCGUUUUGGCCUCUGGAGUUUCACCUUCACUCGACGGCGGCCCUUCAGCGGUGUCCGCCUACGGAGGCUCCUCGAUGCGUGGCCGUUGCCGACCACGCAGGACCUGCGCUUGAAAAGCGACGACUAUCAAGAGGAGGAGGUUUUGUCCUUUGAGCCGACAUUGGGCUGUGCCCAACGACGCACUCUCCGAGCCGUUCUGCGGUCGAAAGGCUUUUGCUGGCUGGACACGGAGCCCCUGAGACAACAUGUCUGGGCUCAUGCUGGCAGGACGAUGGAGGUGAAGCCGGACGAAUGGUGGUGGUCACUGCUGAACGACGAGCAGCAGAAAUUCCGCAUGACCUAUCCUGGUGUGGAAGCGGACUUCCGAGAAGUCCGAAGCCGAAAAUGGCACGCUGAGUUCGGAGAUCGUCGGCAGGAGCUUGUCUUCAUCGGCGGCCCGCAGAUGGUGGAGUCCACUUUGGUUGAGCUGCUGGAGGGUUGUCUGCUGGACGAUGAGGAGUUUGCAGACUUCCGCCGAUCGACAGCCGACCUGCAGGUGCCCAACGAC